GCUCGCGAUGCAAAGGAACACUUUUUUCGUGGCGAGGGCUACAGAUGCCCUGUGGCAACCCUGGCGGUGUGGCACGUGAUUUGGUCCAAAGAUAUGUCAAAGUGUCCUGCGCAUUUGGCUUCUGCCGUGCARGCCUUGCAGAGUCUCCCUCUAGGUCAUCCCUCUUUCCAAUGGCCAUCGCUUCAUUUUCCCGAGGACUCUGUUCCACUGCCUCCUUCGACCGCCGCCCCCUACCAGAUGGCGCCAUCUCCUCGUGCACCACUUGCUCCGCUCCCCCCUCGUCCCGCGACAGUCUCACCUGCACCACUUCAUGCGACGACUGCAGCGCCCGUUGAUGGUGCAGUUCCCGGUGGGUGCAUGCGUGACUCACGUGCCAUUCCAUCGGUGCCGACGCAGCUUGAUGUGCAAGGCACCGCACCAGUUUCGGAUGUUGGGGGACCUGUGCUGUUCGACGAGCCAGGGACUCGUGCUUUCGUCGAGGGCCGAGGGUGGGGGAAGGACGCUGGAACAUCGAGCGGCCUUUGCCCGGUGUUCACCGCGAACAGGGAUAAGACACGUGGACGGGCACCAGACUUCACUUCCGCACCUGUUUGCGAGGCUGCCGCAACGGUCCCUGCGGGGGCUGGCACCAUCCCGCUCGACGAGCCCAUUCAAGUUUCGGAUUCGUCACCCACUCCUGCGCCUGUGACAACCCCGACCUCGCAACACGGUUUCUUUGGAACAUUGGAUCCUCUGCAAAAUUUGCGCAACAUUGCUGCUCCGAGCCCAGACCCACUUGCAUCACCUGCGACUGCUGGCGGGGUGUGGGAUUCGCUAGGUUGCGGCGCCAUUGCACGAGUGAAGGGCACUUACAGGCAGCAGGCGGUGACAUCGUAUUACAACGACCCACUGGAGCAAGCAUGGCACCUGCAAAUCAUGCGAUUUCUUGUCGAGAGCGGCAUGACGUUCAACUGUGUGAAGCUUGAGAGCUUCAAACGCAUGUUGACAAUGAUCAUCCCACCUGGGGUUCCCGGGUUGCCCACCCCGAAACCCCCGACAUAUCACAUGAUCCGUACCUCGCUUUUGGAUGAGCUUGAUGCGRAAGUUCAAAAGUGUGUGAAACCCGUCCUUGCUACUUCGGCAACCUACGGAUGCACGAUCAUGACAGACGGGUGGACCAACAUUCGGGGCCAAACGCUGUGCAACUACCUCGUCGGGACCACGCGGGGCGCGACAUACGUCGCGACAGAUGUCAUGCGAGGAAAGAAGGAUGCCGCCACUCUGGCACAGGCUUGGCUGCGAAGGUUGAAGUCCCUUGACAUCAAGCUCGCAGACAUCACCGCGUUCGUCACAGAAUCGGCUAGUUCCAACGUUUCUGCGAUGGAGGUGUUCCAGAAGGAUGAGAGUGUUAAGCACAUCUUCUGGAUUCCUUGUGUGGCGCACGUCAUGGACCUCAUCCUCGAGGACAUCGGCGACAUUGAGUGGGUGGCGACCCGCAUUGCUCAGGCGCGGGUGGUCACAAAGUUUUUCAAGCGCCAUAGCCAUGCUCGCGAGGUUUUGCAAUCUUUUUCGACGAUGGCACUAUUGCUUCUUGCCGAGACUCGCUUCGGCACGUGUGUCAUUAUGAUGCGGCGGCUUCUUCGGUUGCAAUCGCAUCUCAUGAGGGUGGUGAUCGACGAUCGGUGGAAGGACACUGUUUGGGCGACGAAGAAGAUUAGAGACGACGCCGCGGAGGUCACAGCAUGUGUUGGUUGUCCUCGGUGGUGGGAGGAUAUGACGGCGUUGUGCAAGUUGUUGGAUCCCAUCAUGGACAUGUUGCAGAUGGUGGACAGCGACACGAGGCAAAUUGGCAAGAUUUUGCGUCGGUACGACGAGAUGAUCGUGCGUUGUUUGUCAGCAUGUGCCUCGUUUGACAGGGAUGAGCAGGACGCAAUUCUCGAAGUGUUUGACAGACGCUGCACAAUGUUCAAGUCGCCUGCUCAUAUUGCUGCCAUGAUAUUGGAUCCUGAGUUUCGAGAACGCACGAUGCCAGACGACGACGAGAUGCAGCAGGGUUUGAAAGUCGCUCUUGUUCAGUUCGGGUACCCGGAGGGCUUGGAUCAGCACAACGAGGUGCUGGCUGAUGUUGACAAGUUUCACACCAGGGAACCGCCAUUCGACGACGUGGCCAUGGACCGAGUGGAGGAGAAGGUGCCCACUGACCAUCAGCUUGUCGCCGACAGAGGAGCCCGUGUUGCGGUGACGCAUGAGGAAUUGUUGCACGCUAGAGAGAGGAUGCGUGCCGUGUCCCGCAUGGGAGCCGCUCGUCGUUUGCGAGAGUCAGACAGGAGGAGACGUCGUGGAGGCGGUCGCGGAGGCGGUCGUCGGGGCGGUCAUGGGCGAGGCGGGCGUGGAGGUCCUGACGGGAGGAGGAGUGUCGCGAGUCGUGGAGUGACGGCGGACCAGCUUGUACGCAAGCCUCGCCAGCGAUGGGACGAGGGAGACUUUUUGUACGAGAGCUCGUCGAGUGACGAUGAGGAUUUCUUCGACAGUGGCACCCCUGCACAGGAUGGCGACAGCGUUUUCGACGACCGUCACCCGGACGUGGACGACGAUGACGGCUCCGGAGGCGAUGAUCCUGGUGAUGGGGGAGAUCGGCCACGACCCCGCUGGACACGGAGAGACGAUGAUAGAGGGCUUGACGAGGGAGCGGGACAUUCCCGUGCUGAGGGUGACAGUGAUGAAGGGAGCGGUGCAGUGGCCUCGAGACCUGCAGACGGUGACACCAUGGACGUCCAGGGGGCGGGAGGCGAGCAGCGCACAGCCUCAGAUAGGGUGCGAGAUGGAGCAACUGAUGGUGGUGCAGGACUUGUGGACGGCGGUGGCUUGAGGCGCUUGAAGCGCGGACCCAGGGAACGAGACACUAUCGCUUUCCGUGUGCGUAGACGUCAUGGCGGGGUUCCCGACAUUCCAAAAGCAGCAGUCCCUCAAUUUGAGCAGAUUCUUGUUUCAGAGGACUCUUUGAGCGACCAUGCCGACGAGGAGCGGAUGGAGGUGAUUCACAGGACCGGUCAUGUCAGAAGUGACACUUUCAGUAUGCACGCGACAGCUCCGACGGGGUCCUCGGCAGCAAUCCAGGAAUCGGAAUUUGGUCUGGCACCGUCGAUGCGUCAUCCCGAGUUGAAGGGUGACAAUGGUGUUCUCCCGGUGAUGGACGACGAGGGUUCUGCUCAUUCAAUGCAUCAGCUCACUUCUACUGAAGCGACUGCAUUGUCAGCUGUAGCAACCUCCGAUGUGCUACUACCGCAGUCAGCGGCGGAGCGAGAGACUGUGUCGCCGGCUCGCAGUGCUUUAGAUGAUCAUCCCGAUGUAUGCAUGGAGGGGGUUGAGAGGCAGCAACCAAACACACAGGGAGCCGAUGCAGUUGACACUGUGUCGCGGCCACCGCGUGCAUUGUUGGAGGGGACUGCUGAUGUGUGUCUAGGCGACGAUCUCCCGGACGUGGUCGUCUCACGCACUCCCGCCGCUGAGCAUAUCGUCGUUGCCCUUGUCGGCCUGGAGUGCCCCACCGAGAGUCUUCCCGGUACCGCCGAUUUACUGGCCAUGGACUCGGCGCUCGCCUCGCUCCCGGACUUGUUGACAUUGAUAUCUCCAGGUCUGCCCCACGUGCCAGCGCCCAACCUGCAACAGCCCGUCGCCAUGGAACGCGCACCAGGCGAGUUUGACGAGUUUGGAGGCGAUACGAUUGUUUCUGCCAUGCCCACGAUUUUUCGCGUUGGCAGGCCACAUGAGGUGGACCUUGGGAAGGCCAAGACGAGUACUCGACAUCACCGCGGCGGUCACCGCAGCAUCGCACACCGCAGUUUGUCUGAUUCCUUUGGCGUUCCUGAGGGAGGGUGUGUAGGCGGGGCAGAUGACGCAGCCGACAGAUCAGCAAGACCCUCAAGUCCGCCGUCGAGAUCAGAGCAUCACCCCGUUAGCGGUACUUCCGGCGAAGUUACGGGCGUCCCCGCCACAGACACGAUGGACCCCACACGACAGCCUGCGGUCGGGUCCUCGUCGACAGCACCGCGCGACAGAGCCACUGUUUUGCCGACAGUGGCAUUCUAUGCCACUGAGGGCAGUGCUAGGGGGUUGGACGAGCCGGGAGCCCGGAUUGCAGGCAGACCCUCUGCACCUUGUAUGGGGACACGAUCCAUCGGGAGUGUCGACGGUGCUCGCCACACCACCAUGUCAGAGUAUGAGGACCGACAUGGGAGCGCCUUACCGACGAAGACCUCUGAUGUCCAUGCUACGAGGGCCGCGAAGGCGAGUCUUUCUCAAGCGAGGAAGAAGGCUUCGGAAAGGAAGGCGUCACGCUCGUCGCCACAUAUACGAUCCCACAUUGGGCGAUUCGGUGUUGCGCCUCUCGAGGACGGAGAGAUUUCACCUGAUGGCGCUGCGUUGGAUGUUAAAGAGAGGCCUACGGGGGCGGACAACGUCUGCAGGGAGGGUGCAGGCACUGUAGGACAUGCAACGGCAGAUCAGAAGAGACGUGGCAGUGUACUUAUCGUCCACGACGACAGCACAGAUGUCGCCCCGGGAGAGACCACAGACACUGAUGAUGCGGGGGACUCUGAUUACUGAACCUCGGGGGGCGGACGAAGAUAUUGGAGGAGGGCGACGAGUGAGACCGAGGACACGACUCGGGCCAUCCGGGCAGGUACUGCAAGGCACAACAUC